AUGUCCGACGUGAGCGACGUUGAACGUUUCGCGGAUCUUCGUGGUUGGAAUGCCUGCGAUGAGCUUCGUAUACCAUCGCCAACCCCAAGCGACAUCACUGAGUCCGAACAGGCUUUGAUGGAUCUGUUGUGGUAUCCCAACGUCGAAAUUCGCACACCAUCGCCAAACCCCAGUACCAACACUAACUCCGACGAUGUUCAGCACGAUCAGCCUUCCUCAGCCUGCAUCAUAUGUGGAGAGCUGGAAACCACACGAAAGUGCGCCCUCUGCAACGAUGUGUUGAUCUGCAGCAUGAACUGCCAGGAAGUCGCCGUUCGCGACGAUGUCGAGUCCAGACACUUCACUAUCUGUGUCAGCAAGAUCGACACCUCGGUGGUUUUGCGAACCGCCAAGACUCUCUACAAGGAUGUUUUGAGCAACAAAGUUCCUUCCGAUAUCGACACCAUCAAUGACUACCAUUUCCACUGGUUUGAUUCAUCUGCCAACGACAGGAAGUUUCUCAAAAUGUAUGUGGUAAUCAUCGGAACCAUGGACGUCACAGCACACGAAUUGGAUCUCUGGGUGAAGGAGGGGAAGUUGCUCGAGCGUAUCGCUAUGCUCUUUCACUCCUCCCCAAAGCUGGUCAGCCUCGAGGAUCUCAUGUGGCUCAAGGACACUCGAUUAUGGAGUGAAGGACUCAGCAAGACCGCGCGGGCCAUUUUCAAGGACAUAAUCGCUCGCAAGCAAAAGAAGCGUCAGUGA